AUGUCUGCGCCCGGUGAAGACACGUUUCCCACAGCAGCUGAUGAGAUGGAGGAGAUGCAACAAAGUAGUAGCGAGGAGGACGAAAUGGAAGAAGACGAAGAAGAAAACGAAGGGGGAGAAGGGAAGGAAAAAGUGUACGUGCCAGGAAGAGAAGUGUUAAAUCCAGGAGAACAGCUUGAAAUGGACCGGUCGGCUUAUCGGCUGUAUCACGAAUGUCAGACUGGCGCCCCGUGUCUUAGUUUCGAUGUGCUGAGAGAUGCGGAUGGAGAUGGCAGGGAACAAUUUCCCCUGUCAAUGCUACUCUGUGCUGGUACCCAGGCUGAUUCAGCUAGUGCUAAUAGGCUCCUUGUGAUGCGCAUGAACAAUCUUUAUGGCACGGAGAAAGAGAGCGAGGAGAGCAGUGAUGAAGAGAGUGAUGAAGAGGAAGAUGAUGAUGAGGAAAGAAAACCUCAGCUGGAGCUGGCCAUGCUGCCACACUAUGGAGGGAUCAACAGAGUGAGAGUCAUGCAAGAAGCGGAGCGAUCCUUGGCAGCGGUGUGGUCAGACAAGGGUCAGGUGGAGAUAUUUGAUCUCAGACUGCAGCUGGAGGCCGUUCAUAGCGCAGCUGCAAUGGCCACGUUCUUAAAGCACCAGCAGGGAGAGGCCUCACCUCUCUUCAGCUUUUCAGGUCACAUGGCUGAGGGUUUUGCUCUGGAUUGGUCACCAAAAGUAUCAGGUCGUCUAAUUAGUGGCGAUUGCAAGAAGAACAUUCAUUUAUGGGAACCGCGGGAGGGAGGGACGUCCUGGCAGAUCGACCAGCGGCCGUUUAGCUCCCACUGCAAAUCAGUUGAAGACCUCCAGUGGUCACCCACAGAAGCCACUGUUUUUGCCUCCUGCUCAGUGGAUCAGUCCAUUCGUAUUUGGGACAUCAGAGCUCCCCCUAACUCUAUGCUCUCAGUGGAUCAGGCACACUCUUCAGACGUAAAUGUUAUCAGCUGGAAUCGGAACGAACCAUUUUUACUGUCCGGGGGAGACGACGGGCUUCUUAAAGUGUGGGAUUUAAGGCAGUUUAAAUCCGGACAGCCUGUGGCAAACUUCAAGCAGCACAGUGCCCCUGUGACGUCUGUGGAGUGGAACCCACUGGAUUCUGGCGUUUUUGCUGCUGCGGGGGCUGACGACGUAGUCAGUCAGUGGGACCUGUCUGUGGAGGCGUGCGGCGGGGGCCCCAAUGCAGAGGAUAUUGCAGGACUGCCCCCCCAGCUGCUGUUUCUGCACCAAGGUCAAAUGGAGGUCAAGGAGAUCCACUGGCACCCGCAACUCCCCGGGGUCCUGCUGUCCACAGCUCUGUCGGGUUUCAACGUCUUCAGAACCAUCUCUGUUUAGUGGCCGGGGACUGACUCUUUUACUUCCCCACUAAGCCCUCUGCCGCCCCUCCCCACCCCAGCUCUGCGUUUUGUCACCAUGUGCUGUCUAUCUCUGUUGAACAGUCCACAGGCCUUAAAUUUCUACACACGUCAUUCAUCUGUGCAUAAAAUAAAUACAGCUCUCAGUA